CGUACUCGUGGAUCAAGUGAAGUUUGGGGAGGAGCGUUGAGCUGAAGUCCUCAGCUGAGCGGAACCUGUAGUUUGGUCCUCCAAGAGUGUCGUGCGCGAGCCGAUUCAAUGGCGUUACGUUCAGCUACUGAUUCUCAAAUAUACAUAGUCGGAUGCGGCAUUGCGGGAAUCGGUGUCGCUCAGAAAUUACUAAAACACGGUUUUCAUAAUGUACACAUCAUAGAAGCGACUGCGAGAAGCGGCGGAAGAAUACGAACGGGCAGACUGGGUGAUAACAUUGUAGAGAUCGGCGCUAACUGGAUCCAUGGCCCAUCGAAGGAAAACCCAGUGUUUCGUUUGGCAUGUGAAUACCAGCUGCUUGACAAAGAGUCAAUGUCUGAAGAAAACCAGGCAAUUGACAUUGGUGGUCAUCCGCUGUUUGUUCCCAACUGGUUUACAAGUUCAGGUCGAAAACUGGGGCUUGAGACGAUGGGACCCGUGGUGGAGUUUUACAUGAAAUUACUGGAGAGGAGUCAGCAGUUCAAUGACACUGGUGGAGAACCUCUGCCGAGCGUUGGAGAGUUUGUCAAGGCAGAGGUUGAACGACUGGCCCCAGAGGAGUGGAAGGAGGACCAGAAUAACUUUGCGGUAAAAAUGGCCAUGAUAAACACACUGCUCAAGCUGGAGUGCUGUGUCAGUGGAACCCACACGAUGGAUGAUGUAGGCCUGGGAGCCUUUGGCAUGUAUAAAACUCUCCCAGGAUUGGACUGCACUUUCCCAGGAGGUUAUGAAGGUUUAAUUGAUCACAUGAUGAAGGAACUUCCCAAGGAUAUUGUCUUGUACAACAAGCCAGUGAAGUGCAUUCACUGGAACUAUACCAAAAAUGGACCAAAAACUACAGGAACAUCAUUUCCUGUUAUGAUUGAAUGUGUUAAUGGAGAGACAUUUGCAGCAGACCAUGUUAUUGUCACCGUCUCACUGGGAUACCUGAAGAAGCACCAGAGCACUUUUCUGAGCCCUCCUCCUCCACUGCACAAAUUGCACUCCAUCCAGAGAAUGGGUUAUGGGACCAACAACAAGAUCUUUCUUGAGUUCGAGCAGCCUUUCUGGGAUGAAGACUGUGAAUUGAUUUACCUCAUAUGGGAGGACGAGACACAUCUUUCUGAUGUUGUUUCUAAUGUAAAGAUGUCCUGGAUUAGAAAGUUGAUUGGGUUCACUGUGCUAAAGCCCACAGAGAGGUAUGGACAUGUGCUCUGUGGAUGGAUCGCAGGGCGGGAAUCUGAGUACAUGGAAACUCUGUCUGAACAUGAAGUGCUGCACAGUGUCACACAGCUCCUGCGCAUAUUUACUGGAAAUCCAUCUCUUACACCAAGGAAGCUUUUAAGAUCUCAGUGGUUCCAUGAUCCCUAUUCCUGUGGAUCUUACACCUAUGUGGCCAAAGGUUGCUCAGGAUCCGACAUAGAUAACCUUGCUGAACCCUUGCCGCUGAAAGGCUCAAAUUCUAAGUCUUUGCAGGUGUUAUUUGCAGGAGAAGCCACACACAGGUCUUUCUUCUCUACAGUUCAUGGAGCAUUGCUGAGUGGCUGGAGAGAAGCAGAGCGUCUUAUAUCUCACUACACUUCUGCCUCUGGGUCAUUCUCAUCUAAACUCUGAAAACUGUCCUCCUGUGCUGAAAAGUGAGAAAGAAUGACAUUUUCAUGAGAUUUCAGGGAUUUUGUGCCUUAUCUAGGGAAUAGAAAUAAAAUAUUGGAAGUAAUUGCUAAAUUAUUUAAAGAAUCAUGGAUGUACUGCAUGGCACAUGUUCAACAUGUCAUUCAAGUUUCUGUCAACUGAACAGCAAAUAAUGAUUUUUUUUAAAUAAAAACAGAAUUCUCACUUAAUGACAGUACUUUGUACAAAUGUUAAAUGUUUUUGUGAUAUUAAAAGAAGUUUUUAUUAUAGUUUCUCAUAAUACUUUAUGAAGUGUAAAUAUAUUUUCUAAUUAAAUUCUUCAUAGAAAUUUGA